AGCUCAGUGAGUAGGGGGAGAACGGGGGGACGCCAGGCUGAGUGGAGGAGAGAGAAGGUUGAAGGAGGCUCGGUAGUGAAUGUAGUGGCAGCGGGUUUCAUUCAUUCUUACAUUUGAAGCAGCCCAGCUUCUGUGACCGACACUGGAGCGACUACGACCUUUAACCAUGCGGCGCCUGUGUGUUUCUGUAGUCCUGCUGCAUCUUCUCGGGACCUCCUGGUGUCAGUUCCCGCGUCUCUGUGCUAACUCGGAGUCUCUUCGGACCAAAGAGUGCUGUCCUGUGUGGGAGGGCGACGGCUCCGCCUGUGGCGCCCUGUCAGGCCGGGGCUUCUGCGCCGAGGUGGUGGUCCUGGACGAGCCCCACGGACCCCAGUACCCGCACUCGGGGAUUGACGACAGGGAGCGCUGGCCUUUAGCUUUCUAUAACCGCACGUGCCGCUGUGCAGGGAACUAUGGAGGUUUUAACUGUGGGGAAUGUAAGUUCGGUUACUGGGGGUCAAACUGCGCCGAGUACAGGGAAUCCGUGCGCCGGAACCUUAUGACCAUGUCAAGCGCCGAGCAGCAGAAGUUCAUCUCUUAUCUGAACUUGGCUAAAAACACCAUCAACCGGGACUAUGUGAUUUCCACGGCGACAAGAGCAGAGAUGGGAGAGAACGGCGAGAACCCCAUGUUCUCGGACAUCAACACGUACGACCUGUUCGUCUGGAUACACUACUACGUGUCCCGGGACACCUUCCUGGGAGGACCAGGGAAUGUGUGGAGGGACAUCGACUUUGCCCAUGAAUCGGCAGCAUUCUUGCCCUGGCACAGAGUCUUCCUGCUGCACUGGGAGAACGAGAUACGGAAGCUGACGGGAGAUUUUAACUUCACCAUUCCAUACUGGGAUUGGAGGAAUGCCCAGUCCUGCGAGGUGUGCACCGACGCGCUGAUGGGUGGACGAAGCUCCCUUAAUCCUAACCUCAUCAGCCCGGCUUCAAUCUUCUCCUCAUGGAAGGUGAUCUGCAGCCAGCCAGAGGAGUACAACAACCGAGAGGCCCUGUGCAACGCUACCGGCGAGGGUCCACUGUUGCGUAACCCGGGCAACCAUGAUCCGAACCGCGUGCCACGAAUCCCCACCACAGCUGAUGUGGAUUUCACUGUGAACCUCCCCGACUACGAGACGGGAGCAAUGGACCGAUUCGCCAACAUGAGCUUCAGGAACGUCCUGGAGGGUUUCGCCAGCCCGGUCACAGGGUUGGCAGUGCCGGGCCAGAGCACCAUGCACAACUCCUUGCACGUCUUCAUGAACGGCACCAUGUCCUCAGUACAGGGUUCGGCCAAUGAUCCCGUGUUCCUGGUGCACCACGCCUUCAUUGACAGCAUCUUCGAGCGCUGGCUCAGAACACACCAGCCCUCCAGAACCAGCUACCCACGAGCCAACGCCCCCAUUGGCCACAAUGAUGGCUACUACAUGGUGCCUUUCCUGCCGCUCUACAGGAACGGAGAUUACUUCCUGUCCGACAAGGUUCUGGGCUAUGAGUAUUCGUACCUGUUGGACCCUGGCCAGCGCUUCGUCCAGGAGUUUCUGACGCCCUACCUGGAGCAGGCCCAGCAGAUCUGGCAGUGGCUCCUAGGGGCCGGACUCCUGGGGGGGUUGAUUGUUGCAGUCAUUGCCGUCCUGCUCGUCACUGCCAGGCGGAAGUGGAGGCGUAACCAGAGGAGGAAGAGGGCGUCGAGCUACGGGGAGAGACAGCCACUGCUGCAGAGCAGCUCGGAGGAAGGCUCAGCUUCAUUUCAGACCACUAUGUAACACACACUGUACUGUACAGACCUGUACAUAAUGUAUAUGAACAUGAGCUGGACGUGAAUGUGCAAACUCUUUGGGACGUAUAUUACUACCAUUACACGUUUAAUGGACUUUAAUUCUGAAUCAUGUGUACUUGAUUUCCCAUGAUGAAUUGGUUUAAAUUACAACAUUAUACAUGAGAUGUUUAAACAAUGAAACACAUUUUGAAUGGAGGAAUGUGUUGAAGCAUUUAGGUGAACUGACCAUUUAGUGUUUGGUAGCAUUUAAAUGACAGACAAUAUUAAUUUAGUAAUUAGACACAUACAUUAAAUUAAACAUUCAGCAACUUAAUAUAUUAAACUUUAUUUGCCAUCAAAUGUUCAGAAAGUUCUCUUGUUGGUAUUUUACAUAACCAUGAAGUUCAUUUACAACUUUUGCUGACUUUCCUUGAACGGAGUCAUAUUUUAUGUAAUUUAUUUCAUUGUUGUAGUGAACUUUAAGCAAGAUUGCAUUUACUGUAUAGUGAAGGGCCCCAGGCACCCCUAUUUACAUUUAAUUUAAUAUACUGUAGUUCAAGGAAACAAAGAUCAUUGUGUCAAUAUGCUGAAGGUGCAAGAAACAUGGGCUCCGAGUGCUGUUACGUGCCUUUAGGAAAAUGCAUUAUGUCAGGAUUAUUACUGCACCAGGAGUUUACUUGAAAACUAUUAAGUUUUGGACACAAACGUGUUAUAUAUGAAACACUAAUUCACACACACGUGUGUUAUGACUGGUGCUUGCUGAUCUCAGUGUAACAUGAUAUGGUGACCUGUGGUUAUUCACAAUCAAACAAAUGUAGCUGCUUGUUUAUGAGAAGGUAAACCAUUACUGUACAUGCUGCAUUAAAAAAAUCAACCCGA